UAACUAAACCAUCUGGAUUCAUGGAUGCAGCGUCAAUCAUAAGCUGUAUUUUCAUAACAGUUUUCUGCAGUUUAAUAGAAACAGAGGGACAGAACCUGAGACUACGUCAAGCUCUUUCGAAAACCGCAGAUUGGCUAAAUGACGUUGAUGGGGAUAAUAUUCCUGGGCAAGCUGGAGUAGAUUACCCAGUACAUGCCUUCGUGCCACUGGAAACUAGUUUCCAGUGCAAGGAUUAUGAUUAUGCAGGCUAUUUUGCUGACAUUGAGGCAGAUUGUCAAGCUUACCAUGUAUGUUUUCCUGAUGGUCGAAAUGCUAGUUUCUUAUGCGUUAAUGGCACAGUUUUCCAUCAACGUUACUUUGUGUGUGAUUGGUGGUUUCAUUUCAACUGUUCCCAUGCACCAAGCCUCUACGAUUUAAAUUUGUUCAGGAAAAUUCCUCUCCCUGUUCUUCCCCCAGUGCAAAGAAGACCCUUUCCAGGACCAAUGCCCCAACCUAAAGCAGAUCUAUUGCCACAGACUCGGAAACAACAGCCCAGAGUAAGUUUGAAAAAAUCUUUAUUGAUACUUAAGCUUCAGCUCAAAAAAAAAGUGAAUACAGUGUGAGUGAGAAAAAGUGAA